AUGUUCGACGACCUGUUCAAGCUGCUGCGCAGCCCGCGCUGGGUCAACUCGCCCAUCGCGCGGCGCUUCGGCUUCGGCUCGGAGCUCUCGUACGAGGAGGACGAGCUGGAAGACACGCCGUCCAACUGGACCAAGAUCUCGACGUCGGGCCACCGUCCGCCAGUGCGCAGCGGCCACUCGUCCCUUGUUGUCGGCGACAUGAUGUACGUGUUCGGGGGAUACAACGACGGGAACUGCCACAACGACAUAUACGCGUUUGAUCUGAUCCGCCACCACUGGAUGCACAUUGAGACGUCGAACGGCAUUUCUCCCGACGGCCGUGCCUCCCACGCCUGGUGUACCUCUACGGACAAGACGAAGCUCUACCUGUUCGGCGGGUCGGGCCCGCACUGGGGUCAAACCAACAUGGGCAAGCUGCUGCAAUUCAGCAUUCGCGAUAAGAAUUGGACGAUCGUUGAGGCCGAAGGCACACAGCCCCCGCCGGGCUAUGGGCAGAGUCUGUGCGCGAUCAACAACAAGCUGUAUCUCUUCGGUGGCACCUCUGGACACGUCUACGUGAACGACUUGUACGUGUUCGACGAAGUGACAAAGAUCUGGAGAAAGGAAGAGACUGGUGGCAAACGCCCAAGCCCGCGAUACAAGCACCAAGUGGCCAUGAUUGACAACCGCAUGUACGUCGUUGGCGGUGGUCUCUACGAUCCUCCCAAGGGGCCCAUCGACACGUACUACCUCGAUGUAGACACACUCACGUGGCACGAAGUCGAAUGUGGUGGCGAUAUUCCGAAGUCGCGCAUUGCGCACACAAUUUCGCAGUUGUCGAACGACCCUUACCGACUGAUCAUGUUUGGCGGACGCGACGACAGUGGCUCACGGCAGAACGAGCUUAGUGAACUGAACUUGCGCACUGGAGAAUGGCGAAUCUUCUACAACGAGGAGGGCUUCCAGCCCGAUGCUCGUGAUUUCCACACAAGCGUCGUGCACAACAACCAAAUCUUCGUGUUUGGCGGAUCCAACGGCGUGGAGCGCAACAACGACGUUUUCCGGUACUCUAUGAUGCACCAACCGUCGACGCUACUGAUCCUUGCCAUGCAGGUCCUGCACCAGAACCUCGACUACAUACCAAAAGAGGAUUUGGAAGCGUUACCGAUGGAAUUGAAGAUCGGCGUGGAUAACAUUAAUCCCGACGUGGAGUGCUCCUACAACCCCACUUGGUAUAUGCUAGAAGAUCAAAAGCAGGCUCAUGCGGCGCCAGUGAUGUAG